UUAGGAAGAAUGUACACCAAUGUAAUCGUGUGUAAUGCUGGAUAGAGUAAAUUUUAUUUUUCACCUUUUCCUCUCUCUCUCUCUCUCUAUAGGUUCUGUUUUGUUCUGUUGUCUGUGGUCGAUUGCUGUCGGUCUACAUGCAAGAAAUUCGUCCACAGCGAACCUCGAAAUCCGAGUAUCAUCCGAAUUAAUUAUAGGGAUUCAUGACGUAGAAGUUGUAUGUUCAAUAAAAAAUCCGGAUUUCUUCCGAAAGGUAAACGUCAUUGGGCUUGAGAGAUUCAACAAGACACGAAAUAACCUGGCCCCAGUGGUGUUUGUAACAGACGGAGACAAAAUUUCUUGGCAAAAUACUGACCUUCGGGACAGGCCAGGGGUCAAGGUUGUAGUCAAUAUCCGGUCUGUUCAUUCGGCGUUCUUGAGAUUUACUAUAACACGGGACUGGGUACAAUUUCCUGAUGAUGACGUCACGUUUGCGUGUUAUUUGGGUGGACGUACCACAGAGAACAACACAAUCGAUACGCAGUGGACAGAGGAAAUAGGCGUGUCAAUGCAAGAGAAUCCUGAAAACACUGCACGCGUCAUGGAGCUGAAUCAAUUGCAAUGUGGCUUCUGCGCAGACUUGAUGACAUCAUCAUGUACCCGGAUGUACACACCGUGUUAUGAUACUUGCAUCACAAGAAGACUACCAGGGAAAUUACAGACUCAAUGCGUUAGGAAGACGGCAUGUGAGUACCAGCGUGUGGUGGACACCCUGACGGGGGCCGGAGUAACUCACUGUUGUGAGGACAUGUCCUGUCUGACCAAUCAAGCGUUUGAGGCCCGAGCAGUUCUUACUGGUCAGUAUUUACCUGCUGUUGAUUUCAUUAUGACGUAUGCAUCACAAGUGUUUAUCUUCUAUCAGAGAUCGUGUUUUCCUUAUUGCAAAACAAAUCAUUAUGAUUUGAGUUGUUUUGCCUGGUUUGUUUUUAUGUUUUAGCCUCUGGAUCAUGGAAACUCCUUCCCAGUUGCAUGUCGAUGACGGCAUUGAUGAUGAUCGCAAAACUUAUUGUCACGUGAGACAAAAUAUACAGAGUAGAACGUGUGGAUGCAACUAACGCUUAAAUCAUGUGUGUGCACGUGUUUCUCGUAAUCAACCUAGCUGUCCUCUGUCAUUGUAUACGUGCUGUUUAGUCGUUAGGAAUAUGUAUAUCAGGAUGACAUACGCUAACGUUUGUAGACAUAUACCGGUACUUUAGCCGGUAUAUCAGGAUGACAUACGCUAACGUUUGUAGACAUAUACCGGUACUUUAGCCGGUAUAUCAGGAUGACAUACGCUAACGUUUGUAGACAUAUACCGGUACUUUAGCCGGUAUAUCAGGAUGACAUACGCUAACGUUUGUAGACAUAUACCGGUACUUUAGCCGGUAUAUCAGGAUGACAUACGCUAACGUUUGUAGACAUAUACCGGUACUUUAGCCGGUAUAUCAGGAUGACAUACGCUAACGUUUGUAGACAUAUACCGGUACUUUAUUAACGUUUGUAGACAUAUACCGGUACUUUAAAAAGUUACCACGAGUGUUUAGAUAAUUCCUCGAUUCCUUGGUUUGAAAAAAAAAACAUAUCGACCAUGACUAGUUUUUCUACCUUUUAGGUUAUUUUUGAAAAUACCAGUAUUUUCAUAAGCACAGUAUGCGAUUAGAUAGAUAAUCAGAUUUGUACAAUUAGUUUUACCUUGAG